CAGUCUCAUUCCUUGGCGCGUGCUACCACAGGCCUGCUCGGAUACCUCCCUCAGGUCACUGCGGCUCUGUAUCUCUGUGCCCACAAAUAGCAUCUCCGGUAAGUCUUUGGAUUUGGACUUUCUCCAACCCUUGGUUGCCAUACAGGGCGUGAGAAGCCUUGAGAAAUAAGAUUAAUCCCGCCCAGUGGACUCUGGUCUCCUCACAUCCUCCAAGCGGCGUCCAGGCCACUCUCACGCAGUGGAUUCCCUGGCGGCCACCUGCGGCAGAAUCUCCCCAGCGCCUUGCGAGUCGCGGGCUGCGCCAGGGAGCACCCAUGAAGGCCCUGCAGAGACUGACUCAGGCCCGGGUCCUGCUCCUGACCAUCUGUGCGGCAGGCAUUGGGGGCACUUUUCAGUUCGGCUACAAUCUCUCCAUCAUCAAUGCCCCGACCUUGCCCAUUCAGGAGUUCAUCAAUGGGACGUGGCAGGCGCGGACGGGCCGGCCCCCGCCCGAGCACCUGCUGCUGCUCGUGUGGUCCAUCAUCGUGUCUCUGUACCCGCUGGGGGGCUUCUUGGGGGCGCUGUUUUCCGGACCCUUGGCCGUUGUCCUAGGAAGGAAGAAGUCCCUGCUGGUGAAUAACGGCCUCGUGGCAACUGCAGCGGUCCUGUUUGGCUUCAGCCGCAGAGCAGGCUCCUUCGAAAUGAUCAUUCUGGGAAGACUGCUCGUGGGGAUCAGUGCAGGUGUGAGCAUGAACAUCCAGCCCAUUUACCUGGGGGAGAGCGCCCCCAAGGAGCUGCGGGGAACAGCAGCCAUGAGCUCGGCCGUCUUUGCUUCCCUGGGGGUCAUGAUGGGCCAGGUGGUGGGACUCAGGGAGCUCCUGGGUGGUCCACACUCCUGGCCCCUGCUGCUGGCCAGCUGCUCAGUGCCUGGGGUGCUCCAGAUGGUCUCCCUGCCCCUGCUUCCAGAGAGCCCGCGCUACCUCCUUAUUGACCGCGGAGACACCGAGGCCUGCCUGGCAGCGCUGCGGCGGCUGAGGGGCUCGGCGGACGUGGCGGACGAGCUGGCGGAACUGCAGGAGGAGCGCUCGGCCUGCCACUGCCUGCGUGCGCGGCGGCCCUGGGAGCUGCUCGGGGACCGAGAGCUGCGGAGGCAGGUGCUGAGCCUUGUGGUGCUGGGCAGCUCCAUGGCGCUGUGCGGGAACGACACGGUCUACGCCUACGCCUCCUCCGUGUUCUGGGAGGCCGGGAUCCCCCAGGACAAGAUCCAGUACGCCAUCGUGGGCACCGGCAGCUGUGAGCUGCUCACUUCGUGUGUCAGCUGUGUGGUCAUCGAGAGGGUGGGCCGGCGAGUGCUACUGAUCGGGGGCUACAGCCUGAUGGCCUGCUGGGGCAGCGUCUUCACGUUGGCCCUGUGCCUGCAGAGCGCCAGCCCCAGCAUGUCGUACCUAGCCAUGUGCUGUGUCUUUGCCUUCAUCCUCAGCUUUGGCAUUGGCCCAGCCGGAGUGACGGGGAUCCUGGCCACGGAGCUGUUCGACCAGAUGGCCCGGCCUGCGGCCUCCAUGAUCUCCGGGGCGCUGCUGUGGCUCAUGCUCUUCCUGGUGGGGCUGGGCUUUCCCUUCCUCAUGGAAGGCUUGUCCCAGUUCCUCUAUGUGCCUUUCAUCUGUGUCUGUAUCGGUGCCGCCCUCUACACUGGCUUCUUCCUGCCCGAGACCAAAGGCAAAACCUUCCUGGAGAUCUCUGAGGACCUGCAGAGGCUGGACUCUGCCAGGCGGCGGGGCCAGGGCCUGCUGGGCAAGGGCCCCGAAAUCCUCUCGUCCACGGAGCUCUAGGGCUAACCGUGGCUGCUCUGCUCGUCCCUGCCUGCGACGCUCACGGCCCUUCUCGCCUCCUCUUGCUCCUGGGGACUCAUUGAACCAGAACUCAUUAGGCACCUGCCAGACGCAGGCUGGAUGCCAGGUGCCAAUCAGUGGGGUGCCU